GUCCCCCAUCCUCUCUCUCUCUCUUCCUCUCUCUCACCCAGGUGUAAUAGCUACUCAGAGAAUCAUAGCCAGUUCUCCAGAUACUGAUCUGCCUACUGUUGCUGGCCUGAGGAAAAUGGGUGCUAUCCUCACCACCAGUAACAAGGAGGUGGUGAACAAGAGUGAUGUCCUGUUCUUGGCGGUCAAACCCCACAUCAUCCCCUUCGUGCUGGAUGAGAUUGGACCAGACAUAGAGGACAGACACCUUAUAGUGUCCUGUGCUGCAGGAGUCACCAUCAGCUCUAUAGAGAAGAAGCUGCUUCAGUACCGUCCGUUCCCCAAGGUGAUGAGGUGUAUGACCAACACCCCCGUCGUGGUGAGAGAGGGAGCUACAGUCUACGCUACAGGAACACAUGCUGAGGUGGAGGAUGGUAAGUUGUUGGAACAGCUGAUGGCCAGUGUUGGGUUCUGUACAGAGGUGGAGGAGGACCUUAUCGAUGCCGUCACCGGCCUCAGCGGCAGCGGCCCCGCCUACGCGUUCACAGCUCUGGAUGCUCUAGCCGAUGGAGGGGUGAAGAUGGGUCUACCCAGGAGACUAGCGGUCAGACUGGGAGCUCAGGCACUACUGGGAGCAGCUAAGAUGUUGUUGGACUCUGAGCUGCACCCUGGCCAGCUGAAGGACAACGUGUGUUCCCCUGGGGGAGCCACCAUCCACGCCCUGCACGUGAUGGAGAGUGGCGGAUUCCGCAGUCUGCUCAUCAACGCCGUGGAGGCUUCUUGUAUCAGGACACGGGAGCUGCAGUUCCUAGCGGACCAGGAGCGCAUCUCCCCGGCAGCCAUUAAGAAAACCACCCUGGACAAGGUCAUGCAGCAGCCUGGGGUCAGCCAGGGGUCAGGGGUCAACGGCAAGCCAGGACUCAGCCUCAGGAGAAACCCCCCAGGACCUGUCAAGAAGAACAACUGAGAUGGACACACACACACACACACCUAUAACGCCAGGACUCAGCCUCAGGAGAAACCCCCCAGGACCUGUCAAGAAGAACAACUGAGAUGGACACACACACACACACACACCUAUAACGCCAGGACUCAGCCUCAGGAGAAACCCCCCAGGACCUGUCAAGAAGAACAGUGGAUGGAUGGACACACACAUAUACACUCUCACUCACACACAGAAUUUGGAAAUGCAGCUUGUACAGACCCAUAGCCUUGGUCUGACAGGGUGUCUGUGUACACACACGUGAACAGAAAUGCAUGUACAACAUGCCGCCAGUCUACCUUGUCUUCAGUCUGUCUGAGGAUAUGUGUCUCUGUGGUGAUAACGACCCAAUGGGCCAAAACAUCAGUGAAUAUUUCAGAUAGAAAUGCAAUGCAUAGAGCUGACAUGAUUCCUUAUUCUGCAUGACAGAGGAAUGCAUAGAAUCUGUUCUUUGCAAUUAAUUUCUUUCUGAGCGUUUCUUUUUAAUGUUGCCCCUGCAGCCGAAGCAGGCAACAGAUGGCUUCAGUGAUGGCUUUUUUUGCCUGGUGACUCAAACUGAAUUCUUCCCACUGCUCUGUUCACUGCACACGUUGAAGUUGUUUGUGGUGACGUCAUAAUGAGGGGUGUUGAUCCAAUCGCUGAUGACUUUUGUACAUCUCGAACCAAUCAGAGCAUCAAAGCCAAUGACAAUUUUUUUUUAAACGCCUCUUUACUCACGUGUGCUUUGGCUCUGGCCCAACCCAUUGGUUUCUGGGACCAAUCGGGAACAUUUAUGUUUGUGUUUGGGAAAAUCGUCAAGGGGGGGUACUCUGAUCCAGACUCAUUUCGUAGAAGAAACGCUAGUGGCCUAGCGUUUUCACGGGAGCAAGGAGUUUGGGUACCUAGGCAAGCCAUUUCUAAGGUAAUGUCCCAAAUUGCACCCUAUUCUCCCCCUCCCCAAUAGGGGUCAAAGGUAGUGCACUAUAAAGGAAACAGGCUGCCAUUUGGGAUUCACACCAAGUGUACUAUACAGACAGUCACAAUGUAUUUUAAAUGAAGCCAGAUCACACCAUGAAAACCCUUUUAUUUUGUUUGUUGUGAUUUUCUUGUCAUUAUUUUUGGCCCACAGUGUUAUUUUAUGGACUGACUGAACAACAAUUGUUUUGAGAAUUUGA